AUGAAUGAUUCCAAUAGCAUCAGCUAUGCUAGGCUGCUCGCGGCACAGUCAGCAGCAGUCAACUCUGGCAAAAACCACGCCUCGAUCCAAAAUGACGAGAAAAUAUCCAUAGUUCAACGAAUGAUCAGCGCAUGUUCCGGAAGUCUCAUUACGUCUCUCGUGGUGACGCCGUUUGACGUCAUCAGGAUACGGAUCCAACAGCAGGGGAUACUACCGAAGGAGCAGCCAUGCUGUCAGAAACAUUUUCCCGAGCACUUUCCUCAGCCCACGCGUAGUGCUCGUGGUGCAACUGCUUCUGCUGCGACGGCGGCGGCGAACCAGAUAUUCAAGUCACCGCCGGAACUUUUCUGGAUCCACAACAAAUAUUGCGAUCCGAGCGUGGAAAACUGCACGAGGAUAACGUCGACGUUCCAAGGGUUUGCCACCGUGAGCAAACAUGAAGGAGUAGCGACGUUAUGGAGGGGAUUGUCGCUUACUUUGCUCAUGGCCAUACCGUCCAACAUUAUUUAUUUCACGGGGUACGAGUACAUCCGAGACCAUUCGCCCUUUGGCAACCAGCCAUUCAAUCCGCUCUACUGCGGCGCUCUAGCUCGGUGUCUAUCGGCUACGUUUGUCGCGCCGGCAGAGUUGAUCAAGACGAGAUUGCAGUCGAUCCCAGCGGACGCGAAGGACUCUUCGGGGGUGAUGCGGCAUUUGCUUCGAGAUUCGAUCAAUUUGGUCAAGCUGGAUGGCGCCAGUACCCUUUUCAAGGGGUUGAGCAUUACCUUGUGGAGAGACGUGCCGUUUUCUGGAAUCUACUGGUUCUCUUAUGAACAUCUCAAAACUAGAAUCUCGACAAUGUUAGGCACAAACUUUGAUGGUACAAAAACCAAUACCAGUACUACUAUCACAAGUGGUGCAGGUGCCAGUAACAAGGAAGACUGGAAAGUAUUUGCAACUUCCUUUCUAUCAGGAUCGAUAUCGGGGACAAUAGCAGCGUUCUUCACUAACCCUUUCGACGUGGGCAAGACGCGAUUACAAAUCACCAUGGAUGACGAUAACACCACUUCACGUCAUCGUCAUCGCAAACCCAACAUGUUCAAAUCCUUAGCUGAUAUAUAUAGACAAGAAGGCAUACGCGCGCUUUACGCGGGUUUUGGGCCGAGAGUAAUGAAGAUUGCGCCCGCGUGCGCCAUCAUGAUUUCAUCCUACGAGAUCGGGAAGAAGUUCUUUAAGAAUGGCAAUGCUCUCCAACAAAGCCAAGUCUAA